AUGAAGUGGAUCAUAGUUCAUUUUGUUGAUGAUAAUGUUGUGGAGGCAGUACCAUCUAAUUGGGUGUACGACGACACUUGUUAUUGGCCACCUUAUAAAGGAUCAAAAUUAACGCAAGCGAUGUCAUCGUCUCCAAUAAUUGAUGAGUGGGAAGUAUGUAGAAUACGGCAAUUAGCGAAUGGACAAAAAUAUGAUAAUUUGCUAAAGGCAAAAACAAAGUGUGCGAAAGCAGAACAUACAUCGGAUCUUAAUUCCGAUGUGGAAAUUAAAAGAAAAAAGAAACGAUUUUUUGAUGAAAAUAAUUCCGGAGACGAUAUCGCUCAGGUUAAUAAAUACCCUACCCUUCGACAAAAAACUUCGUCAAGUCGAACAUCACACAAAAGACACAAAAAGUUAACACCAAGGUUUCCGAAAGUUCAAGUGACUCUUCCGAAAAUGAUGAUAUACGAAAUCCACAACUACCUCCUUCACCAUCUAAAAGUAUCUGCUGUGAAAUCAUCUACAUCACAAUCUGCAGUCAGAAAUAAAUAUGACGUUAAUUCUACUGCAGCAAGGAAAUCUAACCAUGAGAAAGAAAAUCGUGAACAUCUAUCCAGCAUAUUUACUUUCGAUACAUCUUCAUGUGAAACUUUAAAAUCAUCUAAUAAUCUAUGUGAUAACAAUUUCAAAAGACAAAUAUUACGACAAUUGCAAAUAAUUAAUCUUAGACAGCAACAGAUUUCAGAGGAUCUCAGUGUAUUAUUAACGAAAGCAAAUUCUGACAAAAAUGAACCAAUUACAUCCAAUAAAAAUUCCAUAUUUAAAACCUAUAAUUUUCCUUUGAAAACAUUACCAGAAUUGGAAGAACUAGAAGAAUUUUUAGGCCAAGAGGAAAAUUUCAAAAAUUUGGUCAAAGAAAUUAAACAAAUUGGAGGUACAUCUUACAAAAAUAUGGUGAAACGCAUGUUGCCAAGAAUAAUGUCUGAUGAUUUGGCCAAAGAAUAUAGUUGGAUAGGUUGGAAAGGAAAACAUAAUUUCUCCAAUCUUUGAACUUGCUCAGCAAUAAUAACUGCUACUCAAAUGACGCAUAGUUGCUCCGAAGUUGUGAUAGAGAUUGUAAUUAAAUAUUGGCUUGUAAAAGCUAAUGAACGAAAGAUGUAAUCACAGAAAAAAAAGAAAUCUUAAGAUCG